GGUCUUGGAAAAAAUCCCUUCUGUGGGGGAGGUAUGGAUAUUUUCUGGAACUACACAAUGUGAAUUGAUGUUACUGGUUAUGAACCGCUUACCUUAUGGGUUAGGGUUAGGGUUUUAUUUUAAAUUCUUUUUCCAACAGUGACUUUGAUUUUACAGCUACAAAGUGUUUUCAUCUAUUUAUAUCACAAAGAACAAAGCAUAAAGCUUUGCACCCAUAAUGGCAGUUGACAUGAAACUUUGAAUUUACUUCAUGUGAAUAGUUGCAAAAUAUUACAUUCUGUGACGUCUCAAAUGAAUCAAAACAAACAUGUAGACUUGCGCAGUACCAGGUGGAAAUCAUCUUAAAAGUGCCUUACUGUGUAAGUUUAAUGUCCCUGUGUUCCCUGAGCCACCUUUCAACUGGUGCCAGGAAAUCAGACAUUAAAAUCACACAAGGGGAGCAUAUUAAUUAAGGUACAUGUACUUUGCACAUAAGUAAGGCACUAACUUUUAUUUAUUAAUAAUUAUUUUCAACAUGUAGCUUCUUGAACAAUUUUUGUGAUCAUGCACAUAGCCUGCCUUGGAUUUCCAGUGCAAAAACUGGUGACACAAGUCCUUUUAAACUGCAACAAGUAACUUGAGAGUAUAUGUCUGGACAUCACCUCUCUGUGAGUUAACUCACCCACCCCAAGGUCAAGGCAACCACUCCAUUGUUUUAAAGAUAUAUCCUGUCUUCUGUUAUGCAAUGUAUGCUUGUAACAAAUGAGGGCUAUUGGAAUGCCAUCCAUUCUAUAAUUUAGUGUAGGUAAAUUCACUUCACCAUGUCUAAGUUAACCAAUGGGUAAAGCAAUCAAUCAGUUAUCCAGUGUGCUGCUCAAGUUUGACAGCAAACUAAAUACACUACAAAAAGAAAGCUACAUUGAGCAUUUUCCUUACUAAACAUAAUUUGAAGAACAUGACUGUAAACAUUUAUGUAGCAUAAGUGUUUGGAAAGUGUAUGGUUUUGCCCUCAGUAAAUUACCUGUUUCUCCAGGAUAUACAGCUUAGUUCAUUUGCUCAUUUUCAGAUAAAUCUUUGGAUUUUUCCUGAGGGAACCAGAAGCCAAACAGGAACACUUCUUCCCUUUAAGAGAGGAGCAUUUCACUUAGCCCAGCAAGCUCAGCUCCCUAUUGUGCCAAUUGUUAUCUAUGAUUAUUCUUCAAUUUUUAACAAGAAGAACAAGUUAUUUGAAUAUGGAACCAUGAAAGCGAGAGUAUUGUCCCCCAUACCAACUGAGGGUGUCACAGCUGAUGGUGUUCCAGAACUUACAGAAACUGUGCGCCAACAAAUGAUCAAAGUUUUCCAGGAAGGUGAUCCUUCAAAAAGUCUCAAGGAUACAGUUUCAACUGUGGACAAAAAGAUUAAGUGAUACUGCCAUCAAAGUAGACUUAACAAAAUGUUAAAAAAUGAUACCUUGUUUUAUCAGUUGAAAGUAUUUAAUUAAUAUUAUUAUUUUCCUGUAAUUAUUGAAUUGCACAAUUUGUACAGAAAUAAGUUUGAUCAAAAAGGGCAAAAAUCAAGUUUACUUAUUUCUUUUUAAGAAUAUAUACAUCUAAAGCUUUUAUUAUCUUAUUAGCCAAGUGUGAGAGCCAACCUUGAAAAAUAUACAGUGAAAACCCCUUAUUCCAGUCACCAACAAGCCCCAAAAAUCUGGCCAUGUGAAAGGGGUUUUUUAGAUAAGAAAAAGAGUCUCUGAGCUUUGUUCAGCCCAGAAUAAAGUGGCCGUAAUAAUGAGGUGGCCUUAUUAAUGGGUGGCUGUAAGGUGGGGUUCCACUGUAUUCCCAAGGUCUUGGCAGAAUUGUCAAUACUGAUGAAGCUGAUAUUCUCCCAGUGCAGUAUUUGAAUCAAAAUUUUCAGAAAUAAUCCCAUGAUCCAAGACAGGAAACUAAGACACUGUGAACAGCAAUGGUUUUUUUGUUUGCUUGUUUUUUGAAAGAAAACCUGCAAAAACAAAGUUUGGAGAGAAAGAAAAGGAAAGGGAUUUUUUACAUGACGGUUAAUAUUCAGAACAGUGCCAGGUCCAAUAGUUGGACAAUAUAGGACCAACAGAGUAGAAGAGCAACCUGAUUUGUUGAUUUUGAUCAUUGGUUCUCUAAACUUAGUCGUGUAAUUACUGUUGUUGUGGGAAGUUAAUCCCUAUUAAGCCCCAGGGUAAACGUGCAAUUUUUCCUCACUGAAUUCUAACAUUUGUUUAAAAUUUCUUUUAAUGGAAGAAAAGUUUGAUUCAGGUUUUGGGGGCUUUCUAAGUAGUGAAUCUGGUAACAUAUAAGAAUUAUGUUUGGAAAUCAAUAUUUUGAUCAGAAUGAGUUAUAAAAUGUAUUAUAAGGUUAAUGAAUUAACACUCGUUCUUAUAAGCCUGGAAAACCUGUGACAUAAUAGCCGAUCGCAGUUACUAGCAUUCGGCAAUCUGUUCCAGUCAAGCCUCCAGUGCACCUGUAAUGGGUCACCAAGGUACUCAAAUAGGUGUGCAAACGAUUAAUUAAGAAUGCAAGGAACUGUGGGAAAAUCAAGCUGGUACGUCAUAAAUUUUAUAUCUGUCCACUGUUGAUUCUGCUCUCAUAAGACAUUUUGAUCAUGGCCAACCCCGGGGGACAACCACCAGCAUGCUGACGAAGUCAAACCCAACUUCACUUUGUAGGCAUACCAGCUGUCAGUACCCGAGGUCUACAGAUUGCGAUGCCAGUGAUAAAGUGAUUUUCCAUGUGCAUUUCCAGGUCUUGCCAAAGACUAUGUCCCAGGCUUGUCAGUGGCAUACUACAACCAGAGAUUAAGAGCCUUCAAUUUAAUAAUAAUCAGUUAAAAUUUUAUUUCUCUUGUUUUGCAACAACAAAACACUGGUAUCCAGAGUUUGAAGUUGUUACCGCAUACAAGAGCUAUUACUUUGAACUAUUUUUAUAUUUUAACGUUUUUAAAUAUGAUGUUCCAUUUUAAUGUUAUUUAUUGAUGAAAAAAUUAGCAAGA